AUGGCUCUGGCCGACAGCACUCGUGGAUUACCCAACGGGGGUGGCGGCGGCGGCGGCAGCGGCUCCUCGUCGUCCUCGGCGGAGCCGCCGCUCUUCCCCGACAUCGUGGAGCUGAACGUGGGCGGCCAGGUGUAUGUGACCCGGCGCUGCACCGUGGUGUCGGUGCCCGACUCGCUGCUCUGGCGCAUGUUCACGCAGCAGCAGCCGCAAGAGCUAGCCCGGGACAGCAAAGGCCGCUUCUUUCUGGACCGCGACGGCUUCCUCUUCCGCUACAUCUUGGAUUACCUGCGGGACUUGCAGCUCGUGCUGCCCGACUACUUCCCCGAGCGCAGCCGGCUGCAGCGCGAGGCCGAGUACUUCGAGCUGCCCGAGCUCGUGCGCCGCCUCGGGGCGCCCCAGCAGCCCGGCCCCGGGCCGCCGCCGCCGCACUCCCGGCGCGGGGUGCAGAAGGAGGGCUCGCUGGGCGACGAUCUGCUGCCGCUCGGCUCCGCCGAGCCGGAGCAGCAGGAGGGCGCCUCGGCUGGGGCGCCGUCGCCCACGCUGGAGCUGGCUAGCCGCAGCCCGUCCGGGGGCGCGGCGGGCCCGCUGCUUACGCCGUCGCAGUCGUUGGACGGCAGCCGACGCUCGGGCUACAUCACCAUCGGCUACCGCGGCUCCUACACGAUCGGGCGGGACGCGCAGGCAGACGCCAAAUUCCGGCGAGUGGCGCGCAUCACGGUGUGCGGCAAGACGUCGCUGGCCAAGGAGGUGUUCGGGGACACCCUGAACGAGAGCCGGGACCCCGACCGGCCCCCAGAGCGCUACACCUCGCGCUAUUACCUCAAGUUCAACUUCCUGGAGCAGGCCUUCGACAAGCUGUCCGAGUCGGGCUUCCACAUGGUGGCGUGCAGUUCCACGGGCACCUGCGCCUUCGCCGGCAGCACUGACCAGAGCGAGGACAAGAUCUGGACUAGCUACACCGAGUACGUCUUCUGCAGGGAGUGAGCUCCCCGCUCCCCUGGCGACUCCAGCGCGCCCGUUCCCUCCUGUCCUUUUUGCCCUGGAGGGGACUCUAGAUUUCCCCUCCGACCCACCACGUUCUCGCGUUCCCCUGUUCCCCACCUCCCGUAGACCCACUGCCCCCUCACUUUACAGGCUAGAGCGGCAGAGCCUCUCGGCUUCUUGUCUUCUCCGGACCCCGCUGAAAGAGCCCAGGCGUACCCCCCCACCCCAUGUUUCCUCUGCCUCCGGCCCCAAACCAGCCCUCCCCCCGAAUUGUCCUUCGGGCUGGAUCCAGUGGGGGGUGGGGCAGUUUGGCCACAAAGUCACCGAGUAGCCGGGAAUGACUGAAUUGUCCCGACCCUGAUUGGACCCUGUCCACUUGUAUAGAAGAUUCCUUGAAAUCUUCUCAAAGCCCUGAUGACUCACUCGCGGUUUAAGAGACUUGGUAGCACUCUGGGAAUAGUUUAGUUUCGAAAGGUCAUUCAUUACGCAGUCUUUUGACCUUCUUUAAAGGUAGAGUUUUAGAAGGCUGAACGGAGGACUCCGGAGCGGGAAUGAGUUCAGUGCGGAGGCAGUUCAGUGACUCCACGUGAAGAAAGUUCUGAACGGUUACAGGUAGAAGUAGGAGAAGAAUCUCGUGCUGGCUCUAUGGAGGAGCCUCUGGUUUCCCUGCCGAUUUAAAGAUCUCCGCCUGUGGCUUAAACUUGCAGGAAGUUCCCCUCCUGCCUGAGGAGGCACCCUUUCUCCUGGACUCAGCGCCCGAAGCCCUUGGUUUUCGACCGCUUGACAUGGCAGCCUGUAUUGGCAAGAAGGGGAAAGAGAGCAGGACAGCCCAGGUCACCAAGCACUGCUGUGACUGCCAACGCAACUGGGUGGAAACGCACGUCGUGGCUGUUAGGAAAGCCCGUAUUCUUGCAGUGAAUGGCGCGGUAGUACCUUAGCUCUUAAGACUUAGGGGGUAGGGUGGGGAGGGAGGAAGGAAGUUAAGAGGGGUGGGAAAGGGGGGAGCAGAUACACUCAUUUAUUGUUUGACAGUUGGAAGUUUGUACCAUCCGUCUGAGUACAUGCACAUUAACAAAGUAGUACACAAGAAACAAACAGAGCGUUUUAUAAAGAUCAAUCACAGAUCUCCUCCUCUUACCUGGCAGUUGAUUGAACUAACUGUUUCGAGUCCUAAACUUAGAAGUUGCUGAUACUUAUAUAACCUAACCAAAGAGUUACCCAGUAGGGUUUUAGUUUUUGAACUUUUAUUUUUUUUUUGUUGUUGAUUAUAAGUCCUGAUUUUAAAAUCUAUUACCUUGAGGAAAAUAUGUUUGAGUUACUUGGAUUUAGUUUUCUUACUAAAAAAUCCUUAUUUUCUCCAAGCCCAGCCAAUGUUGACUUGUGGGCAAAACUGAACAUGCCCUUUUGAUGCAGGUGGUUUGAAGUGAAGGUGAGUCUUUCCAAAUGACAGAGCUGCAGAGAAGUAGAAAUGCUGAGGGCUGCCAUCUGUAGAUAACUGGAAAGUGGGAAUAUUUUUAAAUGAAGGUAAAUAAGUACUUCAAAGUGAGCUGAGCAAUAAAAUGGUGUCCCAGGUAAAUGCAGCUGGAGCAGGAGACCUGGUUGCCUUAUACCUUUACUCUACCAUGGAAUAAAUCCCCACUGUAAAUCCUAUCUACACUGUAAGUGAAGGGAAAUGAAUCCUUGUCUUUCAUGCUGUGAGGCUCCUUUGGAUAUUCUGUGAUUAAGGAGAAGCCUUUCCUUUUUCAUUUGUUUCAGCAUCAUUCUCUGAAGUAUGUUUUUAAAAGAUUUUGUAAGAGUCUUUUCAGUGUUGAAAUUAGCGCUAUUUUUUUCUUCUUUUUAAAAAUGAAUCUUGUACUCUAUCUUCCUAUAUGUCCAUAACAGAUGUUAAGAAUUGAAACAGUUUUAUUCUUAGUCUCAUGUGAUCCAUUCUGUACAUAUCAUAUAUAAACAUUUUACACGAAUCAUUUAGUUUUUUAAUUCAUUUACUAAAUGCUAUAAACUUUCCUGUAUUUACCCCAGUAACUUGCAUCAUAUGGUGUAUAUACUAAAGCAACAUGCUUUGAUGAGUUUCUUAUAUCUUUGUCUAUGGGGAAAUUAGGUUAGGAAAAAAGGCAUAGUUAUAAAGCUUCAUUUGCUCCAUUCUUUUUGCUUGGCUAUUAGUUGUAUUCUAAUAUGUUGAUUAACUAUCUUUGUAAACCAAGGUACCUGUAUUUUUAAUCCACUAAUUCUUUUCUUUUUUUAUUGAGGGAGAGAAGGACUUGAGGUGUUUUCACUGGAGGUUCAUUUUUAGAAAAGUAAAGUUAGCUUUAUAUACAAAGACUGUAAUUUUAAAGGAAGCAGAAACAGAAAUUCAGGAAGUCGUAUUUGCUGGUGUUGAGCAUGUUCUCAGACUAGGUAACACAUUGGAACAUACCCCUGUUUCAAACCUGAAAUGAUUUAGGAAUGUCACCUGCUGGCCAAAAGUGAGUAUCCCAGAGAUUUCUGUACCCCAUGUGGUCUUCUGUAUUGUGCAACAGAAAGCAUCUUGGGGACAGAUCAAAGCCACUGACAUAUGGCAAGACUCUGAGCUUCUGAUUUCCCUUGUUAAAUCUGCUCAACUCCAGGAGUCACGGGAAGCUGCUCAAGUUUUGUCUCUGCUAUUCAAGUCUAAAAAGUUUAAUCUUGUAAAACUUUGAGUUGACUGUUCCACUGCUUGGCAAAAUUUUACCCCUUCCAGACAUCCCUGAUGGCCUGCAGGUCUCCCCUACUUCUUCCAUUAGCUGAAAAACUGGGAAUUGAACCGUUAGAGACAGUAAACUGACCUCUUUUCAUAUGAUGACUGUCCUCUCUAAAGUUGGAAGUUGUUACGUGAAAAAUUCUAUCUUCAACCCAAAGUAAAGGCUGGGUAGGAAACUCAUGUUUCCCUUGGGUGGACACUGUAACUGAGGUAAGAUGACUUGGCCACUGCCCUUUUGGGUCUUUUAUUCACCAUGUGCUUUGAGCCAUGGAAGGACCCUUAGUGGUCUACAUUGCGGGCUGGAGUGUUGAUUGUCAUCUGUAGGUUGGAUGAGAUUCUGAGGGUACCUGUGAGUAAUCAGUAACUUGGAAGGGUGUCAUAAAUUAUUCAGAACUUAUGACUGCAUUCAUCUGACUCAGUGCAAUAUGUAUUUACAUACGUAAUGGCUCAAUUACCAUUUGGUCCAUAAAUACUACUGAGAUUUUAAUAACAAAUUUAACUUUUUGAAAAAGAAUAGUUGACAGUGGUGGUUAGAAAAACAGGUACCAUGUCCAAUGCUCUUGCACCAAGUGUAUGACAAAUUGUCUGUUUUUUAAUACAUGUAGAACUGUGAUCCAUGUUCAUUUUAAUUUUUCAUAUGUGUUUUGGAAAAUACCCCUUGAAUGUGUGAAACUUAAAUUUUUUUCCCUUUCAGUACGAUUCUUGUGUUUUAUUUGGUUUUGGUGUUGAUAGCAAAGUAAUUUGUAUUAAUACUAGCCCAAAUUGUCUUCUCUUUCAAACCAGAUCCGUAUAAAUAAUAUAACCUGUUGCUUCUUUGGGGAAAUGCAUAAUCUGAAUUCUCAAACAAAAUGGGCAACUGGCAGUGCUCAUGACACAUUUCCAUUUUUAUUAGAUUUUUUCCUUGUAAUGUUACUACAUUAAAGCCAUGUAAGUUGAAGCUUUGAUAAUUUUUUACUUUUCAGAUUAUGGUAAAUUCUAAUCUAAUACUCAAAAAACAGUUUUGUACUCCACAUGAAAAAUGCUAAAUGAUAAUGCAGGUAUUUAGAAAAGUAUUGACUGGGGUUGAAUUCCCUAAGAAUUUCUUUUAUAAUCUAAAUCAUAAGUACUUUACUCAGUUGACUUAAAUUUUUUAUUGUAAACUGAAUGUUUUUAUUCUAAACCUACCAGAGUAAAUUCUUUGGAUUUUUUUUCCUGUUUUUCCUUAUUAUAACUCAUUUAAAAACUGAAUUAGUUUUCUUAGAUGACCUAAAUCUCUCUCUUGAGAAAUAAAAUAUUCUUCUGUUUCCAGUGGCUAUAGUACCUAAAAUAAACCUUCCUAAAGCCAGAAACAUGCUAUGUUGAAGUUAACUUUUCUUUGUUACAAUUUUGGACAACAAACAACUAAAAGGAUUAAUGUUUGAAGAUUGAUAUUCUCUACUGGGACCAUUGAAACUUCGAUGGAAGAAAGUCAACCAGAAUAUUUAUAUUACAGUAUAAUCUCGUGUGGUAGGAAGCUGAACUAGUUGAUCAAGAAUUCUUGUCACCUUAGUCAUUUUGUGAUUUUUUUUCCCCAAGUUUUUAAAAAAAAUUAAAUAUGUUGAGGUAUGUGGACAUAAUUGUAAUGUAAACUAUUAUACAACUGUCUUUGUGACUUCAUAGGCAGGUAAAUUUUGCUAUUACUGUUUAAUACAAAUGACAAUUCAUUUAUAAUCACUCAAACAGCAUUUGUGACAUUUAAUGACAAAGGUUAAAAUAUCCAUUAUGGAUGUUAAUUUUGAAGUUAUAAAUUAUGUGUUAUUUAAGUUUUUCUGGGCAUCUUAAAAACUCUUAUCUGGGAGAAAAUGUAAGAUUCCCACAGAAUUACCUGGGAUUAGGAAAUUGUUGAACAUGUUAUAUGCUCAGUGAUAUGAAUCACUGAGCCAUUUCCUCAGUGAUUGAAGGAGAAAGGGGGAUAAAAAUCAUCGUACCAUUACCAGAUUUUCUGACAAAACAGAAAGCCAAGGAAAGAACAGUCCUUCUAUAUUUUAAAAACUGACAAAGUUCUUUUCAGACAUGCCCAAACUUAAAGUGAGAAUUUCUUCCACUAUCUAAAUACUCUAUAUAAAUUUUGGUUCUCUCUGUUCACAACCAGUUGUAUUACAGAAAUACUGGAUACUGUUUUCCUCCCUGUGUGUGAAGUAAUGAAUCAUUGAUUAUGUGACUUGUUAUGUAUUCUAUUAAACACUAAAGAAUAAAACAUCUACUCCUUUAAUUAUU